ACAGCUCGCAGCAAGUCCUACAAGGCCACACGUACCGUCGGCGUAUAAAGUCUGUUCAUCCUGCGCUUACUGAUCAGUUCAUUGUCAACUUCAUUACAGCGUUCAUCUCAGAUUACUCUUUUCUACCAAGACGACAAGCUCCAUACCAGACAACGUGUUAUCACUUGACACUGAAGGAUCCUAACGAGGACAACCGAAGGCUGCUAAUAUUUUGGCGAAGCGUUUAUUAUCAUCUGAAUCCAGAAAGACUCAGGCCAUUCAAAAUGUACAGGCGGAUAAUAAGCUUCAUUACCAUGUUAUCUCUUUUGUCAUUGGUCAUUAGUCGGCACGUGCAACCUGUGCAGACACGUCAUCAUGGCUCGAGGGUUGGGCCCGUCUCUAGGCGAGAGGACUCAAAAGCCGUGAUUAAUCACCAUCUACGUUUAACAAAAACUCCCGCCAGUACUAUAUCAAUGUUGCCCUACGAGAGUAAAGUUUUGUCUUGCCAAGCUGUGGGAAGCCCUCCUCCAACCAUUCACUGGUUGAAAGACGGCGAGAGACUAAUUCAGGAUACAUUGGCUAGUCUUCAAGACGAUGGAAACAUCGACACCUUACCUUUGUAUGGAGCCAGCCAAACCAGAUCCAAAUUAUUCGUCGAUUGCAUCACCGCACGGGAUGAGGGUACCUACACUUGUGUGGCUGAGACGCCUUACAGUCGAGCCAGCAGCGACACAAUGAUCACUGUGUCAGAGGAAGAAUUAGCUGUGGCCGAGCCUCUCUGUUUGAAAAACAAGUUAUUUGGUUUGCCUCCACGAAUCUACACGUGGACACGCUUUCGUAUAGAAUUGCAAGGAAAUGACGUCCAGUUGUUCUGUCGUAGUUCAGGGCUACCAAAACCGAGAGUGACAUGGUCAAGAAGUGGCAAAGAAACGCCGCUUAAGAAUGGCGAGAAGUACAUUAUUCUGGACAAUGGAGAUUUAAUCAUACAGAACAUAAUCUGGGAAGACAUGGGUAUUUACACCUGUAAUGCCCAGAAUGCUUUCGGGUUAGACACGGCCUUGGCAUUUCUGUAUCCAGCAAAGCCCAACAAGAAGUAAACCAUUUUACCAUUGUUUUACCGGAAGCCUUUCUCUACUGUUGGCGACCUUAAGUGUUUACUUCAUUUCUGCAUAAAAACGAAAACGUAUAAAGUAAACUGUUAAUUUGUUCAUUAGUUUCAUUUGUUGUAUAUAUUAGUUAAGCCUAUUUUUUUCAUGUUACGUAAUAAACUUGUUCGAUCCGUCAAGGAUGUUUUAAAGUAUAUUAUUUGUAUAUUUUGACGUAUUAACCCUUGCGUACUUGUUCAUUCAUUUUGUAAAUAUUUGUUUCUUUUUUCAUUUUAUAUUAAAUACCAAUAUGUAAGUUAUUUUUUUAAAUAAUUUGUUGUUGUUUUUAUUUUAUUUCUAAAUGUAAAUAUUGGAAAAUCACGUGCUUGUGUUUCUCUUGAAAGAAGAGAUUGCAUUAAAGGUUUGUAUAAAUACGCCUGA